AUGAAAGAAGACAAUUUUAUGAAGUACGCCAAACAGUUCGUGAAACAUGUUAAACCUAGUAAAGAAAAACCAGUACCUUUGUUGCUGGAUAACCAUGACUCUCACAUAUCAACUGAAGCGUUGGAUUACUUUAAAAGUUGUCUAUCGUCGAAGACACGUCACAUUUCUUGUGUGGGAAUUCCAUCAGAUGUAUUGAAGAUAAUAAGAACACCUGGUUUAUUCUGGUACUGUCCUACAUGCUCUCAGCAGAAAAAAGAUUUUGAUCGAGUAUUUAUCAAAAUUGAUGAUAAAGUAGAUACACUUAUUGCUGAUGUUUAUAAUAUUUUCUCCGAGGCUAAAGGUCAUCUGAUAAAUAAGGUUGAUGAAACUUUGGAACAGACUGUCUCACAAAGGGUCCCGGGUCCAAGUGCCUCAUAUGCAAAUACCUUGAAAAAGACUGUGAACGUGAUUGUUACGCCAAAAAACAAUGAUCAGUCUCAUUCUGCUACGAGGCUUAGAAUUAGUCAGUCUGUUGACCCUGUAGAUAACAAUAUAAGAUUUUCUCAGGUGAAAAAUGUAAAAAACGGUGGAAUACUGAUCAAAUGUGAUGGUUCGGAUGAUGCCAAUAAACUGAAGGAUUUGGCGUCGCGGCACCUUUCUGCCGAUUAUGAGGUGAAGGAGGUGAGGAAGUUCAACCCGCGCUUAAAAAUUGUUGGAAUGUCUCAGUGUAUCGAAAAAGAGGAGUUGUGUACAAUGCUGAAAUCUCAAAAUAAUGCGUUUCAUGCUGAAAACCAAAUUACUACCAUAACACCCUCUCCUACAAGAUGUUUGAGAACUGAGUGUGAGUCACGUUCUCUUUUUGACGAAACAUUCAAUUCUGUAUUUGAACCGGAACUGAGAGAAAACCUCAAAACACCAGAAGACGUUCAUUCUACAGAAGCAAAUGUGCACCCAUCUUUACACAACCUAAACCUUUUCUCAACUUCAUCAGCAACAUUUGAAGAGCUAAGACACGUUCCAAAAGCCGCGCCACUUUUAGAAAAUAGGAGAAAUAUUCAGAAACGUAAAAUAGCUAUAUAUACCGAUACCUCGGAAAAACUAAAUCUUUUAGAUAUGAAAAACAAAAGAGAAACAAAUAUGAAGAAAAAAACAGAUGCAAAGGACAGAAUAGAAAAAGGAAAAGUGAAGGUCAAAGGAAAAGGAAAGGGUAAUGGAAAAGGAAUGGAUAAAGUUGAUGAGAUUGUUGAUGACACCGUCGAUGAAAAUGACGGUAAUGGUGUAGAUUCAGAUGAUGAGAGUACGAUUUGUUUAGAGUGCACUGAAUCCCACGUCGAUAGUGUUCGAGGCGAACAAUGGAUUCAGUGCCUAACUUAUAAUUAUACGACAUCAUUAUGGCUCUCACCGCUGCUGAAAGAUAUUUUCAGAUGGACCCGCGACUCAGACUUUGUCAAAGUUAAUUGGAAAUAUUUUGAGGCGGAACGUGGAAAGGGGGCGGCAGACGGUAUCGGUGGAUUUAUUAAGCGAACUGCUGACCAAUUUGUUGCCAUUGGGAAAGAUAUUUCUGAUGCUUCUUCCUUCUAUCAGCUUCUGAAAGACAGUAGCAACGUGAAGAUGUACCUUAUACUUGAACACUUUGAAAAUAUGGGGAGAGAAUAUCCAACAGAAAUAGUUUACAAUGCUGUAUAUGGUUCGGACUCGGAAUCUAGCGAUGAUCAACCUGGAUUGUCAAAAGAAAAAGAUGAUGACAACAAGUUAAUUGAAAAGGAGAAUAUUCAUCCCAGUAGAAUCGAAGAAGGAGUCGACGUUCUAGUAAAAAUUUGCUCUUCUAAAAACGAAUACAUUUACCUUGGAAAAGCGUUAAAUGGAGUAGACGAUGAUGAAGAAGUAAAAAUAGUAUUCAUGAAGUCUGUUGACCAUACCGGAAAAACAUUUAAAUUGGUCGAAAAUGAUAUACCAUACGAACAAUAUGAAAGCCUGAUAAGAAUUGUUUCUGAACCUAAAAAUAUAAUGAAGCGCAAAAGGGUAUAUUCCCCACUCCUUUAG